AUGGCAGAAAUGAGAACUGUUCUAGUCAUAUACACAGGUGGUACUUUAGGAAUGUUAAAAAAUGAACGUGGUGAACUUACUCCUCAGAAAAACUUGGAAACAAGAGCAAUAAGAAAGUUGCCACAACUUCAUGACAAUGAUUAUUGGACACAACAUUUGGCAAAUAGAGAAAACCAGGAAUAUCUGGUUUUACCGAAUGGCCACGUCAUAAACACAAAAAUCCUUUAUAAAAUUUACGAAUAUGAUGACUUGAAGGACUCAUCUGACUUUACGAUUGAUGACUGGAUUAAAAUGGCACGUGAUAUAAAGCGAUUUUAUAACAACUAUGAUGGUUUUGUGGUUCUCCAUGGGACGGACACCAUGGCCUACGGAGCUUCAGCCUUAUCAUAUAUGUUGGAAUGUGUGGGCAAGACUGUAGUGCUCACAGGUGCACAGGUUCCUAUAUUUCAACCGCACAGCGACGGCACUAACAAUCUUUUGUGUUCUAUUCUUAUUGCUGCCACUCUAUAUAUUCCUGAAGUUACAGUAUUCUUUGGAGCCAAACUCUUCAGAGGGACAAGAGUCAAAAAAGUGUCUAACACCCGAAUGUAUGCUUUUGAUUCACCAAACUUCCCGCCACUAUUAGAAGCUAAGACUACACUUCAAGUAGAUCCAAAGACGUUGAUUUAUUCAUUAGGUGCACUGCCAAAUGAAUGCAGAUUACAUGAUCAAUUAUCGAAAAAGGUAUAUAUACUUAAGGUUGCCCCCAAUAUCACACCUGAAAUUAUGAGAGCAGUGUUUGAGGAAUUUGAAGGCGUAAUAUUGGAGACGUACGGCAAUGGAAACAUGCCCAUAAAAAGGAGAGAUGUGUAUAAAGAGAUUGAGAGAGCCGUCGCCAGAGAAGUAUUGGUCGUGAACGUUACUCAGUGCAUCAAUGGAACUGUCAUCGGAAAAGCUAUUUACGAAACAGGACGAUUGCUGAUAGAAUGUGGAGUUGUGCCAUCCUUUGAUAUGACGACCGAGGCUGCAUUUACAAAAUUAGCAUACGUCCUUACAAAAACUGAACUAAAGUAUGCGGAAAAAGUUGAGUUAAUGAAGACAAAUAUAAGAGGUGAACUGAAUAAUCCAAAUCAUGAAAUCACUAAUGUAAAAUUGGUGUAA